UCCAAUUUUGCUUGGCCGGGAUUUGUGUCAGCAACGCAAUCCAUUUGGUAUAUCAAUUCCAUCCCUUUUUCAUCCUUAUCCAAAAUCCACAAUCUUUAAUCCAAUACAUCGCCAUAUCUAUCAACCAAUUUCCGUUUCACUCGUCACCUUCCAGUUUUCGUGAACCUGAAUUCAGAGCAGAAUCCAUCAGACUUUGUUUUGCUUGCUCCAAUGGCAGAUUACUCUCUCCCGAAGGACUCUUAUUUUCUUGGAUUUGACAGUUCUACGCAGUCUCUGAAGGCAACUGUGCUAGACGCCAAUCUCAACAUUGUGACUACUGAGCUUGUCCAAUUUGACACUGAUUUGCCCCAUUACGAAACCAAAGAUGGAGUUUACCGAGACCCUUCGGUUAAUGGUAGAAUUGUCUCACCCACCUUGAUGUGGGUUGAAGCUCUAGAUCUCGUGCUUGGUAAACUUGCCAGUGCAAAUUUGGAUUUUGGGAAAAUUGCUGCUGUUUCCGGCAGUGGACAGCAGCAUGGCAGUGUCUAUUGGAAGAAUGGUAGUUCUUCAAUAUUGUCAUCAUUGGACCCUAAGAAGCCAUUGGUGGAUCAGUUUAGUGGAGCCUUUUCGGUCAAUGAAUCCCCAGUAUGGAUGGACAGCAGCACCACAGGCCAGUGUAGAGAGUUAGAGAAGGCUGCUGGUGGAGCGUUAGAGUUAUCCCAACUUACAGGGUCACGAGGUUAUGAAAGAUUCACAGGCCCACAGAUUAGGAAGAUAUUCGAGACACAUCCUGAAGCUUACAAAAACACUGAGAGGAUAUCCCUUGUUAGUUCGUUUAUGGCGUCUCUUCUGAUAGGGAAAUAUGCUUGCAUUGAUGAAUCUGACGGUGCAGGGAUGAACUUGAUGGAUAUAAAGAAAAGGGCCUGGUCUAAUAUACUUUUAGAGGCCACUGCCCCUGGUCUGGAGGAAAAGCUUGGAAUGAUAGCUCCUGCCCAUUCUGUUGCUGGCCACAUUGCUCCCUAUUUUAUUGACAGAUUUCGCUUCAACAAGAAUUGUUUGGUUAUUCUCUGGUCAGGAGACAACCCCAACAGUGUGGCAGGUUUAACACUAAGUACCCCAGGGGAUCUAGCAAUCAGUCUUGGCACAAGUGACACUCUCAUUGGGAUUACUGAUGAUCUUCAACCUAGCUUGGAAGGACAUGUUUUCCCUAACCCUGUUGACACAAAAGGGUACAUGGUUAUGUUGUGUUACAAGAAUGGGUCGCUAACUCGUGAAGAUAUUCGCAACCGCUACACGGAAAGCAGCUGGGAUAGAUUCACCCAAGAGCUUUUGAAUACAUUACCUCUGAACGGUGGAAAGCUGGGUUUCUACUACAAGGAGCAUGAGAUUCUUCCCCCACUUCCAGUUGGUUUCCAUCGCUACGUUCUUGAAAAUUUCAAUGGUGAAACUUUGGAGGGCGUGAAUGAACGUGAAGUAGAAAAGGAGUUUGACAGUGCUUCUGAGGUUCGGGCUGUAAUAGAGGGCCAGUUUGUGUCAAUGCGAGGUCAUGCAGAAAGAUUUGGAAUGCCUUCUCCUCCAAAACGAUUAAUAGCCACUGGGGGUGCGUCUGUAAAUCGCCCGAUCCUGGGCAUCGCAGCUUGUGUUUUUGGGUGUGAGGUUUACACAGUCCAAAGGCCCGAUUCAGCUUCUCUAGGAGCUGCCUUGAGGGCUGCACAUGGUUCGCUGUGCAACAACAAAGGCAGUUUUGUGCCCUUCAAAUGCCUCUAUGAGCACAAAUCCGAGAACACAUCCCUCAAGAGCAAACUGGCAGCGAUUCCCGACAUACAUCUAGUUCCGAAGUAUGGGUUGAUCGCAAAGAAGAGACUCCAAAUAGAGAACCGCCUAGUCCAAAAAUUUGGACGUCUCUGAGAUAUCAUCUGGCAUUGUUUAUAGUCCAAUGCUGGGAUGGAAUGCUUCGAAUUGCAUUAUGUAAAGAACCGAAAAUUCUAAUCGUUUCAUAAUUUUGAUGUUGGCGAUUGAAACUCGGCCAAAACCUUUGCCCCGCAAUGUGAAUAAAUAUCCAGGUCUGGUUUGAGAUCGA